GCCCUAACGGCUGCCGUGUCCCGUCAGCGGAAGGAGGAAGCGCCAUGGCCGACACCUGGUCUGGCUUCUCACAGGAGGAGCUCCGGCACUUGCGGGAUCAGCACCCAGAUUUGUAUGAACCCUUGGAGCAGCAGCAUCACCGUCACACUGUGAAUAAGACUCGGAAGCAAUUGCUACGAGAAAAAGCCCUCCAGCAACAAUGUCAGAAACUGGGACUACAGGGUGGAGCAGCCUCUCUUCCACCUGAGCAGCUGCUUUCUGUACCAAACACCAAGCCUUGUCACCCACAGCAGCCUGUGCCACCACCUCAACCUUCUUCAUCAGGAGAUCGCAGGCAAAGUGACAGCCGAGACCAGCAGAAGGGAGUGGCAUCAGUAGAUCCCUGUAAUGGCAAUGCCAGUGCCCAGACCUGCCCUGCAAAAGCAAACUCCAAAGUGGAGAAAAAGAAAGUGGAAUUGCAAGAGAAAUCACGAUGGGAAAUUCUCCAGCAAGAGCAGCGGCUGAUAGAAGAGAAGAAUAAACGCAAGAAGGCACUCCUGGCCAAAGCCAUUGCUGAGAGGUCCAAAAGAACUCAAGCUGAAACAGUGAAACUCAAAAGGAUUCAGAAGGAGUUGCAAGCUCUAGAUGACAUGGUGUCUGCUGACAUUGGCAUCCUGCGCAACCGCAUUGAUCAGGCCAGCUUGGACUACUCCUAUGCCCGGAAGCGGUAUGACAAGGCUGAGUCGGAGUACGUGGCAGCCAAGCUGGACCUCCAGCACAAGACAGAGAUUAAGGAGCACCUGACGGAGCACCUGUGCACCAUCAUACAGCAGAAUGAACUCCGCAAGGCCAGGAAGCUGGAAGAGUUAAUGCAGCAGCUGGAAGUGGAGGCAGAUGAGGAAAAUCUGGAACUUGAGAUAGAGGUGGAGCGGAUGCUGCAGCAGCAGGAGGCAGAAGCAGGGAGACAAGCCAGCCGGUCACACAGUCACGCUGGGACAGCUAAGGAAAGCCCCACUCCCAGUGCUGCAGUGUGUGAGACUGAGCAUGCCAGCCAUGAUGACAUUUCUACAUCUGAACAGUUGGUUCAGCCUCAAAACUCUGGUACCAAAUCCCUCUCCAGUGUGGACAGCCAAACUCAAGCAGUAAAUGUGACCCCAGGAAGCCCCCCAGCUCAUUCUGCUACAUGACUACUAUGCUCAGAUAAGCCAGCUGGUUAUGAUACACUGUGGGCUUGUGUGCUGUAUGCUGUAUCUGGGCUUCUGCAGUGCUUAUUAUAUGCACUUAACUAUCUUUUAAUACUGUUUUUAAGUGUUAAAACCAAAAGGUUCCCAUUUGGAGUUACCCAUCUUUCAUCAUCAUUCUGGUUUAAAUUCAUGUUCUAACAUCCAGCUCUUCAUAGGCCUUUGUGCCUUCCUGAAAGAGGAUAUUUGAAAGCCAACAGUAAAAGUUUUUUCCAAAGGCUUUCAGAUAACUGGUCCAAGCAGUGAUUCCUAUCUACAGGAGAAAACACCACAACCUGGUCUGCUUCUGAACAUGUUCUGUCCCCUAACAGCUGCAGUAGGAUGUUUGUCUUCCUUUGUAUCCACAAGGGAUUUAGUUUUCAACAGUUUUUAAUCUGGGAAACCCAAGUGCUUACUUUAAUUGUCUUUGUAGCUGAUUUCUUUUUCCUGUACCUGAUUUAAAUGAAAUUUGCUUAAUGAAGCAAAUUUCAAAGUCAGUUGUAAUAUUCCCCAUUCCCCACUUUGCCUAUUUCUUUCAGCUAAUGCUAUAUCAGUAAUUAGCCAGGGAUAUUGUAAUGGAUAAUCCUUAUAGUAUAUUUGCAGUCAGCUAUUUUUUUGCAUUGUAUUCAGUGCAUUUUCUUGCCUGAAGAGCAGGUUUGUACCCCACAAGAAGUUCAGCUGGUUUGCUCUGUUGCUGUUGAAAGGCUUUAAAAGCUAUUCCAGGUGGAGAGAGUCUCAGGAAUUAAAAGAGAACAUAGGAAAACCUCCCGUGGACUCGCUGCAGCUGCAAACCUUGGGGACUGCCUCCACAGUUACCUGCUCUGCAACAAAGGAAGGCUGCUUCCACCGUGGAGAUGGUGUCUGCAGUACCUGACCUGGGCCUGUCAGUCACAGUUUAUGAAUGAGUUAUUGAAUGACAACAUCAAAGUCUAUAAAUGGGAUGUUGAUUGUCCCUGUGGCUUUAACAGUGGAAAACCACAUCACUACAUUUCAUUUUUAUUCUCCUAAUAAAUCAGUACAUCUUCUGCA